GGGUACCAUGCUCCCCCUGGGUCUAGGAGCAGACCUCCUGCAGGAGACGACCUGGGAGCCAAAUUUUUUAGACUGGAGUUUAGCUGGAAACAAAGGAAUUGUAACGAGCGUUCUAGGCAUCGGAACUGUUACAUGUGUAAGAUCUGACAAGAUCAAAGCUGCAGAAGAAUGGACAGUGAGGUACAGAGAGAUGGAAGGAUCUUGGAUUUGAUUGACGAUGCUUGGCGAGAAGACAAGCUGCCAUAUGAGGAUGUUGCAAUACCACUGAAUGAGCUUCCUGAACCUGAACAGGACAACGGUGGCACCACGGAAUCUGUUAAGGAACAAGAAAUGAAGUGGACCGACUUGGCCUUACAGUAUCUCCAUGAGAAUGUUCCCCCUGUAGGAAACUAACACCUGGCUCCUUUCUCAUGGACAGAUUUUUGAAAAAUACAUAGAUACAAAAUGUU